AUGCAUUUCCAAUGGGGGACCUCAUUGCUCGAUCUGUCCAUUGUUUUUUACAGUCUAUGGACUGAACCAAGGUUUGCUGCAUGGCAGCCUUUCACCCACAGAGCCGGCUUUAUGUCGCCCCCUACCGUUGUCUGCUAUGUACUGCAGAUUUAAGGCGCGAGACCGCUGUCGGGGUCACGUGUCAGCGUGUCAUGUGAUUACUAGCCUAACGGAGGAACACCUUUGCUGUUGUGUCUGCUCAACCAGGGAGAUUCGCGAGGACUGGACAUGUUUUGACACAGCUGUGAGGUCGUCAGAAGAGGAUGAGUCUGUGAGCGUUCUGUUGUUCUCUGCUGAGCUGCAUCUUCUCCAUCCGCUGAGAUGAGGGCCUUGUGUGUGGUUCUGGUUGGGCUCAGUGUCGGCCUGCUCCGUCCUGAUGGAGCCAUGUGUGAAGACGGGAACAAAUGCUUCCUGGAGAGCGAUGGAGGAUACAGAUGUCCGCUGUCUCCUAGGAGGGUGGGGGCAGUUAUCUGUCCGGAUCAGGAGUCCGAGUGUCCGGACGACACCACGUGCUGCCAACUCCCCGAUGGCUCCUGGGGCUGCUGUCCUUUCCCCAAGGCGGUGUGCUGUGAGGAUGAGCGUCACUGUUGCCCUGAAGGGACGUCUUGUGACUUGGUGCACUCCAAGUGUGUGUCUCCAUCUCUGCAGUCUUUCCCCAUGCUGAAGAAGCUGCCUGCCACAAGGGAGGGGCUUCAACCAGCUGCCGCCUCAGUGGUGUGUCCUGGGGGCAAAAGCAGCUGCCCCAGCUCCUUCACCUGCUGCCUGCUGACCAGUGGAGACUACGGCUGCUGCCCCUACCCAGAGGCCACAUGCUGCAGCGAUCAUCUGCACUGUUGCCCUGGCAACAGCACGUGUGACCUGGAGCUGGGAGUCUGCAAGUCCGGUGAGGCGUCUGUGGAGCCGAUAAGAAAGAUCUUUGCUCUACCUGAAGACGUUAUGUGUCCAGACCAAAAGACUGUGUGUCCAGACGGCUCCACAUGCUGUCAGCUGGACACCGGCACGUUCGGCUGCUGUCCCAUGCCCAACGCUGUGUGCUGUUCCGAUCACAUUCACUGCUGCCCUGCAGGCACCACAUGCGACCUGGUCCACAGCACCUGUGCGGCAGCUUCAGAGGGCGCCGCAGAGUCAGUGAUGAUGCCACUGUCUGUGGUGAGACAGAAAACAGACCGACUAAAAGGUCUGGCUGUUCCCUGUAACGCCUCUGUAGCUUGUGCUGACGGAAACACCUGCUGCAGGUCUUCCAAAGGACAAUGGGCCUGCUGUCCUUUACCGGAGGCUGUUUGCUGUAAAGACCAUCUGCACUGCUGUCCUCAUGGAACCGUCUGCAACCUGGCUGCUUCCACCUGUGACGAUCCGUCAGGCUCUGCUGUCACUCCUCUGCUCUCCAACACGCGUGUCUUCCCUUACCAAAGCAAAAACAGCAAGUGUGACGAGUCAGCAUCUUGUCCUGGAGAUGCCACCUGCUGCAGGACCGAGGCUGGAGGCUGGGCCUGCUGUCCUCUGCCACAGGCGGUUUGCUGUGACGAUCACAUUCACUGUUGUCCAAACGCCACCGUGUGCAACCUGGAGACGGAAACCUGUGACGAUCCUUCAGGUCUCUCCCCAUCUCUGCCCUGGCUGACCAAACGUCCUCGUCUGACAUCAGAGAUGAAGGAGGAGAAAUGCGACGCAGACACGGUGUGUCCAGGGAGGACCACAUGCUGUAAGGAAAGCUCCGGACGGUGGGCCUGCUGCCCUCUACCUCAGGCUGUGUGCUGCUCUGAUCUGCAGCACUGCUGCCCCAAAGGCUACAAGUGCAACGUGUCUGAGCAGACCUGUGAGCGACCCGGCGGUCCCAGUCUGCCAUGGCAGCAGAAGCUCCCGGCCGUGCGGCAGCGCUCCGGUCAAACUGGGAAUGAUGAAAACAAGUGUGAUGCUCAGACCAGCUGCCCCAGAGACACAACCUGCUGCUUCAUGGAGCAGAGCCACCAGUGGGGGUGCUGCCCGCUGCCACAGGCUGUGUGCUGUGAAGAUGGAAACCACUGUUGUCCCCGUGGACACACCUGCCAACCCCACCGCUCCUCCUGCUCCAGAGGUCCCCACGUGCUCCCCUGGUUCACCAAGGUCCGCGCUCUGACGGAGCCCAGCGGCGUGGCUGACAUCAAAUGUGACGACAAGAGCAGCUGUGCUUCAGGAACCACCUGCUGCCCGCUGAAGACAGGAGGGUGGGGCUGCUGCCCGCUGGUCAAGGCGGUUUGCUGUGCCGACCACGAGCACUGCUGUCCUCAAGGCUACACCUGCAACAUGCAGACGGGAACCUGCGAGAAGAAGGCCGGCCAAAGCCUCCCUCUGACACCAGUGGUGCUGUCCAACCUGAACGACUCGGAGGACCCCCGGGACGUACCAUGUGACGGGAUGGGGGAGUUUAAGUGCCCCAAACAGGACACCUGCUGUAGGAUCUCAGCCACAGAGUGGGGCUGCUGCCCCUCACCUGGGGCUGUGUGCUGCAUGGACUCCAAACGCUGCUGCCCGGCUGGAUCCUCGUGCGACCUGAAGACGGGGGGCUGCACUCUGGAGCCCCGGCUCACCUGGGACACCUCGAUUGGGGGCAAGAGGACAGACUUUGUCCCACAAGGACUUUAACUGACACUGAUCACACUCAGCCUUGAAGCUUUUCUAUCCAUCCUGUACUUGUGGAGGAUUGUGUGGAGGUUGUCAUGACGGCAGCCACUGAAAGUUGGUUUCAUUGGAACUCUGCUCAGGAGCCCAUGCGUGUUCUUAGCAUGAUUUAAAAUGUUUUAAACCUCUGCUUUGGUUAAAGCUACUUUUCCUCUUAGAAAUGUUUGUGUUAGGGGCUGUCCUGGUUUAUGAGAUGGUCAGAUUGAAAGUCCAGAUCUGGAAUCCUCCUCAUCACGCCUGUGAGGACAACAUGAAUGUACUCUGAUGGAGCCACACUGUCUAGACCUCCUCCUUUCAGACGUUAAGGAUGUUUUGACUUCAGUUGGUUUCAUUUGAGUCAUGUUAGAGAUUUUAGACAACAAACAUAUUUCAGAAAAUGUGGACUUCUCGUCUCUUUCCUCUAAUCUUCUUCCAGAGGAUCUUUGAACUGUCCAUGUUGCUCCUCGUUUGUGUUGGUGGAUUUUUUGUGUGUUUUUAUGUUUUAGAAGAACAGCUGUGUUACACAUUUCAUUUUUUUACUGUUUAGAUACUUUUAGCUGGACUGCAGAGGAAAACUGACAGAAUAGAGAGAAUGUGUGCCUUCUUCAGGUUACUAGUGUCUUUGCAUCAAAAGUGUUUCUACCUGGAAGUCAGGGUUUUUUUGGCAUUUUCUUUUUAUUUUGGUUCUUAAAGUUUGGCUCAUCCCGAAGAGAAAUCUGUGACUUUUUGCGCCCUUGGUGUUUGAAAAAGGGUUAAUAAAACCUUUAAAAACA